AUGAGUAUGCAAUGUUCUAGUGGUGACUGCGCAGCACACUUCGUCAAAUUGCUUCAGAAGUAUCCUCCACAGACCUCGUCACGGAACGCCGCCGCAGGCUGGGGCUGUCUGGUACACAACGAGGUAAACCGACGGCUAAGGAAGGAUCUCUUCGAUUGUACCAAGAUAGGCGACUUUUACGACUGUGGCUGCGGCGACGACAAGGAUAAGAAGAAGGCGGGUGACCAGAAACAGAGCCAGAGCAAAGGCAGCGCAAACGAUGGCGUCAAGACGCAGGAAGACAGCACCAAGCCCAGGAAGCCGAAGAAGAUGCUUUGGGGAGACGCAAACGGGCCGUUCCCUGGCGGCCCGGUGGAAAUAACGGAUGAGCCGUAA